GAGGCCGUACCUCCAGCCACUGCUGAUGACGUCCCCAAGUACUUGGAGUGAGGAGUCCUUGAUCAAGAAAGAGUUGCAACUGUUUUUACGUCAGAAUAUUCCUUUGGCAUUAUUAGGAACAAUUGAUGACAUCAUCCUGAACUACAUAGUCUGUGUCUUGGAGAGCUUGGGCAGCUCUAGCAAUUCUGGAGAAGAGAGCUUCGAUGUUGACCAGUUUGUUGAAAUGCUGGAUGCACACUUUUCUGGAUUCGCUGCUGUAGAAAGUGAGGCCGUGUGCAAAUGGGUGUAUUCUCUAGCAACGAAACUUAGUGAACAACGGCAACAGUCAACUGAUGGUGGCACAAGGACAAGAAACACGAGUGAAACUUCAGUGACAAGCCUUGAGGAUAUGUUUGGUGUUGGCACACCUUCAAGUUUACCUGCCCCACUGUCACAUAGAACCAUCAGCACAUCCAGCGACAAGGAGAACCAUGACUGCGAAAAAUCACAGGACUCACACUCGGCAGCUGGGGCGUCAGCAGGUAGCAGCUGGACACAUGAGCAUGUCCACCUCCUAAUGGAAAUGUUCCCUUCGGCCGGUGAAAUCAAUGUGAAUCGCUGUCUCUCGGUUGCCGCUGGCGACGUUGAAGCUGCUGCCCAACUACUACUGUGCCAGCCAGAAGAUGGCAGCAGCAGUGUUAGUCAUGGUUCACUGUCAAAGGUACACAAACAUAGUGUAAAGAAGCAUGAUGUAUGUGGAAUGGGUACAGACAAACAGCUCAGGAAUCUCAUCAUAGAAAAGUAUGCUUAUGUUGAUCAGGCAGAAGACCAUAGAGAGCAUCAUCCUCCUCCACCUAAAUACGAAUCGAAGAAGAUGAUUCGCUAUCGGGAGGGUCAGGUGGUUAGCAUGAAGGGCGAGCGCUUUACGGAGAUUAAGCAGGCAACCGAUGAACGAAUGAAGAAAACCUUCGUCAGUCUGAAACCAGCGCGCCAGUAUCGCUUUCACUGACAGUGGCGCUAUCUGUGUCUUAACAGCUUGGAGGCCAGGGAGAAACGUUUCGGUAUAACUCGGCAAGCAUUGCAUCUUGAAUGGGUCUUGACUUAUUCUUGAGGAUUUUACAUGAGCUCAAAUGAGUGACGUCAUCAACUAAUGGUCUUGCGGCAUCAUAUUCAUAAGCAGGACAAUAUCUCUUUAGUUAACAUGAUCUCGUUACUGGGGCUGCUAGGCAUCGGACUGUUUUUAAGGCUGUCUACAUGCAAGAAAUAGAAACAAUACAGAACAAGAACGAGUAAGAUACAAAUCCGUAAUCACCCUGUACUAAAUAUGUUUUACUGCACUCCACUUACAAAAUGUUUUAAACAAAUGUGUAAUAUACAUAUGUCCUAUUAUCUUACUCCUACUUGUAUGUAAGGGUGUAUGGACUCAUCACAUUAUGCAGGGUCAAAUUUGAUCCAGGAAGUAGUAGGAAAUGGAAUGAGAGGUGCAGCAUAGCUAUUCUCUUUGCGUUUUAUUGCGUAGGUUAUUGCCAGUGUUUGCGUAACCUGUUGCUUGGUAUCUUAGUGGAAAGUGCAUGUUUAUGAGUCGCGUUGUUUUCGUUGUGGAGACGGAAGGUGCAGAGGGUGUUUUGUGGAGCUUGAGCAAAACGAGAUUUUGAAUGGCAGGGGUGCUGUAAGAAAGGCAUGAUGGUGUGCGGUUGAGGUAUUCUUCGACUCAUGUUCUUUCUUGAGCGGUAGUAAUAUGAUGUGGGUUGUGGUAAGAGUUGGUGUGGAUAGAUUAAAGAUUAGGGAAUCCAGAUAUCCAUACCUAGAGUGGUUUUAGUAGAAAGAAUGCAGAAUCUAUGGUUGAAAGUAUAUGUAUUGUGUAAGUUGUUUUUUGAAAAAAAAAUCAUGUAUAGAUUUUAAUGUUAUGUUAUUUAGAUGUUAAUGUGUAUUUUUUAUCUUUUUUAUUCAUUUGAUUCAUUAUUGUAUGCUAUUUAUUGUUUUCCCCGGUAAGAUUCUUGUUUUUAGUACUUGUUUAAUAGUGAUGUUGUAGUGUAUACAGAAACUGACAAAUUUUCAAUUGAAUUUGUUUAAUAUGUUGUGAGUUUGCAGUGAAUAAAAUUUUAAAUGUGCAUAUUCUUU